AUGGCUAUCCUUUCGAGAGUGUUACAGUCCAGCAGGUCUGAGAAUCUGCCUACCCUCAGCUCAUUUUCCAAGAUUUCACCACAGUCCUCGCCUAGUCACAGGUCAUCCGUACAACCAAGCUCCAUCAGUAGCAAUGGCAAUGCCCACCAUGGCAAGAAAUCUUCAUCAAAUUCCGUAGUUCUUUCCAUUAAGUUAGAAUCUCCGCCUGUUAUACUAUAUGGCCAAGCUAGUGAAUCUACUGGUUCCAUAAUAUCUGGGCUAUUGUUCUUAGAGAUCAAUUCCAAGCUCUCAUCACCUUCAGGAAAUUCUUCCCCUAGUAACCCAUUGAGUCCCGUAACUUCCAGAUCGUCUCUUAAGUUGAGCAACGAUGUUCACCAAUUAUCCCCUGUCGCUUCAAGAUCAUCCUCAAAAGGAGGCAACAGUCCUCUGGUUGGUGCACCGAAUUCACCACCACCUUUUGAGUCAGUCGAGUUGAAAACAGUUACUUUGUCACUUGUGCAGACAAUAAAAUAUACCAAACCAUUCCUACCACCAUCGCCUUCAAUUUCAAAUUGCAAGGAAUGUGCUGUAACUAAAAACGUAUUGGCUAGAUGGGAUGUCAUUACUGGUAAUACUUCAUUGGAAUUAGGUAAGCAUGGCUAUCCAUUUUCGCAUCUCUUGCCAGGAUCCUUACCAGCAUCUUGUAAGUUGGGCUCAUAUCACUCGGGAUCAUUUGUCAAGUACGAUAUUAUUGCUGAAGCUAAAUUGCCUGGAUCCAGCAGCCCAAUAACUGUUGAAUUGCCUUUGAAUAUUUCAAGGCUGAUAUUAAGAGGUCCCGACAGAAACUCAUUGAGGGUAUUCCCACCAACAGAAGUUACUGCAAGUGCAGUCUUACCAAAUGUUGUAUACCCAAAGUCAACUUUCCCAAUAGAAUUGAAACUAGAUAAUAUUGUGAGUGAAAAGCAAGAUCGUAGAUGGAGAAUGAGAAAACUUACUUGGAGAAUUGAGGAACAAAUUAAAGUCAGGGCAAAUGCUUGUGAAAAGCAUGAACCAAAGUUGAAGGCACUAGAAGAUGCCCAAAAGAAAGUGAUUUUGCUGAAACAAUUGAAGACAGGCCAUUCUUCCUCUGCAGCAGGCUCAAAUGGAGGAGAGAAUAAACCGUCUGGCAGCAUGCACUAUUCUACGAUUCAGACUAAUAUGUCGUACACUGCUAGUCCAUCGUUGCUAUUAGAGCAGCAACAAAAUCAAAGACCACAAGCGCAGGCUCAACAACAACAAACAUCAUCCGUGCGUCCAAGAGAUGUUGACGAAGAACCUGAAGUUGAAUCCCGUACAGCAUCAGCUCCAGAAGAGUCGCACAGAAGUUUUGUAGAAGAUUUCGUUCGAGGCCCUGCGCAAGUCGAGAGCUCGACUAAUGCUACUACAAGCACUGCAGCAAGUGCCGAUGGAAGUGGUGGUAAUAGCCCCCAAGUAGAUCCGAAACUCAAACAAGAGCAUAUAUAUUUGGAAGAAAUUCGUACUGUUAACCAUGGUGAGUUGAAGUCUGGCUGGAAAUCGGACUUUAGUGGAAGAGGCAAAAUUGAAUUGGUUGCAGAUAUCGGAGCAAUCCACCUUUCGUCUGGCUUAGUUAGGAAUAUCACUCAAAGAUCAAGUAGUGACCCAAAGGGCGAACUAAACGAUGGUCUCCGAAACGGUGCCAACAUUGCAUGUGAUAUCGAUGAUCCUAAUCUGGGAGUUUUUGUAAAUCAUACAUUAAUAGUAGAAGUGGUGAUUGCCGAAGAGUUGCUUCAAGAGAAAAGACCAAGAGGAGCUAGCUCUGGCCAGGAACUUAGGCCCAGUAUUUCCACUUCUUCAACAGCUUCCACUGAUACUCAACAAGGGAAUGCGCAUUCGCUGCCUCAAUUUGGAACUGCAAGUGGUGCAGCUAGAGUAUUGAGAAUGCAAUUCAAAUUACCUGUUACUGAGAGGUCUGGUUUAGGUAUAGCUUGGGAUGAUGAAGUUCCACCAACUUACGAAGAUGUUCGUACUUUAAGUCCACCAACUUAUAAGGAUUCAUCGAACGGUGGAACUCCUGUAAUUGGAUCUUCAAGCUCAUCGGUUGCAUUGCCAGCGUUGGCUGCACAGAGGCAACAAACACCAGGAGUUAUUUAUGGGAUUGGAAGCACACCAAAUACAGGCGCCUUUGGUCUAGUAAGGAACGCUGAUGUGAGUAUAGAUAGUGUGGUAGACUUAGAUGACCAAGAUUUUAGACUAUAG